AUGAGAUUGAUUUAUCAAGCACCUGACGAAGGUGUGAAAGCAAUCCUACUAGCUCUCAAAUGGACUGGUCUUACAGUCCAAAAAAGAGCUGAUAAUGCUUUUAUUGUCACUUUGCAAAUAGACGCCCAAGACAACGUAGGAAAUACAAUUGAAGUCAUGGGAGAGCUAAGCAUAAUGAGAUACAUUAUGGAGCAAUCUCCUUUUGCUGGCUCAUCCAAUCUACAUCUCGAAGAAUGGAUCAUUUAUAGACUUAAGCAGCUAGCUUCUGAAUGCCCGAAAGCUGCCAUAAAAACAAAUAAAGAACUUAUAGCUGCAGUCAGACACUUAGAACAAAGCUUGAAUGGAGAUUUUAUUGGUGGCUCUCACCCUGGAGUUGCUGAUUUUCUGAGUUUUUCCUAUUUACUGCAAUUUUUUGUUGGAAAUCCAUGGACUGUCAAAACUUUUCCUUUGCUUGCAGAAUCAUAUGCAAAGCUUAGUGAAACUUUUGGAAAUGUCUUGGAAGAGCUCGGAGAAAAAGCUCAAAUCCUGAAAAUUAAGAAAAAGCAAGAAAAUACAGAGCCAAAUCAAAAUUCUUAA